CCCGUUCCCGCCCCCGCCUCCCUGCCUGCCAGCACCAUGGGAUGCAAUAUGUGCGUGGUCCAGAAACCGGAGGAGCAGUACAAAGUCAUGCUUCAGGUGAAUGGGAAGGAGCUCUCCAAGCUGUCUCAGGAGCAGACGCUGGAGGCCCUCCGCACCUCCAAGGAGCCCCUGGUCAUCCAGGUGCUGAGACGCAGCCCCCGCCUGCGGGGGGACAGCUCCUGCCAUGACCUGCAGCUGGUGGACAGUGGCACUCAGACCGACAUCACCUUUGAGCACAUCAUGGCGCUGGGCAAGCUGCGCCCGCCCACCCCGCCCGGGGGCAUCCUGGAGCCGUAUGUCCUGUCCGAGCUCACCCCCAUCAGCCAUGAGUACUAUGACCCGGCAGAGUUCAUGGAGGGAGGCCCGCAGGAGGUAGACCGCAUGGAUGAGCUGGAGUACGAGGAGGUGGAGCUUUAUAAAAGCAGCCACCGAGACAAGCUGGGCCUGAUGGUGUGCUACCGCACGGACGAUGAGGAGGACCUGGGCAUCUAUGUUGGAGAGGUGAAUCCCAACAGCAUUGCAGCCAAAGACGGCAGGAUCCGUGAGGGGGACCGCAUCAUCCAGAUUAACGGCAUGGACGUCCAGAACCGAGAAGAGGCGGUGGCCAUCCUAAGCCAGGAAGAGAACACCAACAUCUCCCUGCUGGUGGCACGGCCUGAGAGCCAGCUGGCAAAGCGGUGGAAGGACAGCGACCGGGAUGACUUCCUGGAUGACUUUGGCUCUGAGAAUGAGGGGGACCUGUGUGCUCGGAAGCUUAAGUCACCCCCUGCCCAGCAGCCUGGAAAUGAAGAGGACAAAGGGGCCCCGGAUGCAGGCCCAGGCCUGAGCAACAGCCAGGAGCUGGACAGUGGGGUGGGCCGGACCGACGAGAGCACGCGCAACGAAGAGAGCUCAGAACAUGACCUGCUGGGGGACGAGCCCCCCAGUGCGACCAACACCCCAGGGACCCUGCGCAAGUUUGGCCUGCAAGGGGACUUGCACUUCAGCAUGGACUCGCUGCUGGCCGAGGGUGCGGGGCUGGGCGCAGGGGAUGUGCCGGGCCUCACCGAUGAGGAGUAUGAGCGCUACCGGGAGCUGCUGGAGAUCAAGUGCCACCUGGAGAACGGCAACCAGCUGGGCCUGCUCUUUGCGCGGGCCUCGGCAGGCAACAGUGCCCUGGAUGUCAACCGCAACGAGAGCCUGGGCCACGAGAUGGCCAUGCUGGAGGAAGAGUUGAGGCACCUAGAGUUCAAGUGCCGCAACAUCCUGCGCGCGCAGAAGAUGCAGCAGCUGCGGGAGCGCUGCAUGAAGGCCUGGCUGCUGGAGGAGGAGAGCCUGUAUGACCUGGCGGCUGGUGAGCCCAAGAAGCACGAGCUGUCUGACAUCUCUGAGCUGCCCGAGAAGUCUGACAAAGACAGCACCAGCGCCUACAACACCGGGGAGAGCUGCCGCAGCACCCCACUGCUCGUGGAGCCCUUGCCUGAGAGCCCCCUGAAGUGGGCUGCCGCCACUGCCACCACCGCCAACUCCAACUUGAACCGUACCCUUCCCGGGCCCCAGAUCACCGGCCCCCCCAAGGCAUCCGCUGUGCCCGGAAGCCCUGCCAAGUUCCGCUCCCUCUCGCGGGACCCGGAGGCAGGCCGGAGGCAACACGGGGAGGAGCGAGUACGCCGUGCGCCCAAGGCCGGGGUGGCCUUGGAGCGGGUGGGCCCUGAAGGCAGCCCUCGCAUGGAGUGGAAGGUGAAAGUGCGCAGCGACGGCACCCGCUAUGUGGCCAAGAGGCCUGUGCGUGACCGGCUGCUGAAGGCCCGGGCCCUGAAGAUCCGGGAGGAGCGCAGUGGCAUGACCACCGAUGACGACGCGGUGAGCGAGAUGAAGAUGGGCCGCUAUUGGAGCAAGGAGGAGCGCAAGCAGCACCUGAUCCGCGCACGUGAGCAGCGGAAGCGCCGUGAGUUCAUGAUGCAGAGCCGGCUGGAGAGCCUGCGGGAGCAGCAGAGUGGCGACAGCAAGCCCGAGCUCAACAUCAUCGCGCUGAGCCACCGCAAGACCAUGAAGAAGCGGAACAAGAAGAUCCUGGACAACUGGAUCACCAUCCAGGAGAUGCUGGCCCAUGGCGCGCGCUCGGCGGACGGCAAGCGGGUCUACAACCCCCUGCUGUCAGUCACCACCGUCUGAGCUGCCCCGGGGCCUCGCUUCCUCUCAGCCUGUGUGUGUGUGUGUGUGUGUGUGCGUGCGUGCGCGCGUGUGUGCACGCGUGCGUGUGCGCCGCGAUCCUGCACCUCCUGCGUGCGGGGAAGAGAAGGGACACUCCUUUCGCAUGGCCCGCUUCCUUCUCCACAAGUAACCAGACCAUGUCGACAGCUGGCCUCAAGCGCCCCAUGCUUGUGCGUGUGUGCACAUGCGUCCAUAUGCUUGGAGGCAGGGAAGUGCAUGCGAGGAGGUGACGAGGACUAAGCACAAGAGAACAGCUGGCUUCGCACCCCGGGAUGCGCAGUUAUUUGUAGACAAGGGCACCCCCGGUUUUUGUGGUUUUUCUCCCUUUCUGUGCUUGCAGAUAGUUGUUUUUCUGUUUUGUGGCCCUGCCAUGAACGGGCAGCCUGGUGGAGGGGCAGAGGUGGAGCCCUGGUGCUGGCUGGGAAGGAGUGG